CCUUUAUUUAUGUAAUGCAAUGGUGUAAAAGCAAACCAGUUCUACUUAUGUGGUCUUAGGCGAGGUAAUGUUCAGCUGGGCGCUUGAAAUAAAAAAAUCAAAUAAUCUGGGUACAGGAAGCUCAAUUCGGAGGUGAUCUUUUCAGCUCGGCACUGAUGGAGUUUGGUAGUGUUGACCCACUGACGGCGACCACGCUAUUGGAACAGAAACGCAGAGUAGGCUACAUAUUCAGUAUGAACGGAAUGAGAUGCUAAUGUUGCACGUUGCAUAUAAAAGACUAAGUUAUGAUUAGCAACGGAUAACGUGUAUGAAUGACCGACUAUUUUUACUGCAUUUUCAGUAAAAAUUACCAGACAAUGUCGUGGUAAAACUGACAGAGUGGGGAUGUUGGCACAUUGGCGAAAUGUCUUUCCUUAUCUUAGAUAACAAAGAUCAUGCUUUAUGUCCUUUCAAAUUUCUGAACCGAGUGGAUGCUUUUAUUAGGCGAGAGGGACACAUUUGCUGCAUUUUCGGAAUCAAUUAAACGGAAUCUAGCAGCAUAGGCUAUUUUCUUCAUUCAAAUAGUUUUUAAAUUAACCGAUCUCUUUUUUGGUCUUACUUUCACUUGAAAGCGAUCACCUGUGGUCAGUAGAAAUCAAACCCGAUCGUAAGCGAACAUGGACUUUCUGGAGUGUCCGAUCUGCGAGUUCCUGAUGUGUGAACCGGUGACGGUCCCCUGUGGUCAUUCGUUCUGCCGAAGGUGCGUCGGGACCUGUCUGACCACAAGAUGCCCGGAAUGCAAAGAGAAGCUGAGGCUGAAAGACGUUAAAAACAUCGGAAACAACGUCCUGCUGUUCAGUGUUAUUGAAAAGUGCUGCCCCGAGGACGUGCAACUGAAGUGCCGCUUACGGGAGCGACUGAAAGCGUGCGAGUUUACGCAGGCUUUACGGAUCGUGGAUGAAGGUUUGGAUAUAUACCCGCAGGACGUGAGUCUGAAGCUGUGCCGGGCGGAGGUGUGUGUGGCCCUGCAGCGGUUCUCCGAGGCUCUGCGGGACCUGGAGUCUGUGUGCUGCCUGCGGCCCUCCUGGCCCGAGGGUUUCUUCCUGAAGGGGCGUGUGCUCCAGGCCCUGGGGAGGCCUGCAGACGCCCUCGCCCAGCUGCAGCGCUGCCUCCGGCUGCAGGGAGACUUCACUCCGGCCCACAGGGAGCUCCGCAAGAUUUUGGCGGCGGAGGGGUGGGAGGUCCCGGAGGACACGCCCGGGCUGCUGCAGGUGGUCUCGGGGUACCUGGGGGACCCCUCCUGCCCCGGCACCAGCUCAGGGGCGCCCCCUCAUGGGGAAAGCUCCCCGGUCUCAGCAGCACAGGAAGGGGAGGCAGACAGACAGGAACGCACAGAGCAGGGCGAGGUGAAUCAGUCCUCCAGCGCUGAGUGCUGUCUGAGUCUCUGCCAGGCCGUGUCCUUCCUCCCCAGUGCUGAGGAAGACGAGGAGCUGAUGAUGAGCAAGGAGGAACCGGGGAUGACUGGUAGGGGUGAGGAGCGCAGAGAGGCGUGUCUCAGUGUGCUGACUGUGUCGGACUUUGAGUGCCCCUUGUGCAUCAGGCUGUUUCACGCGCCCGUCACCACCCCGUGUGGCCACACCUUCUGCAGAAGCUGCAUCGAGAGGAGCCUGGAUCACAACCUCCGCUGCCCUCUCUGUAAGCAGCCGCUACACGAGUACCUGAGAAACAGGAAGUACACUGUGACGGUGGUCCUGCAGGAAGUGAUGUCACAGCUGUUUCCCCAGCAGCUGGAGGAGAGGACCCGGGUGCAUGAGGCAGAGAUCGCCGAGCUCUCCAACCUGACGCAGGCGGUGCCGAUCUUCGUGUGCACGGUGGCGUUCCCGGGCGUGUCCUGUCCGCUGCACGUGUUCGAGCCGCGGUACCGCCUCAUGAUGAGACGCUGCAUGGAGACCGGCACCAGGAGGUUCGGCAUGUGCACCUACGAGCCCGGGACAGGCUUUGCGGAUCACGGCUGUAUGCUCGACAUCCUGAGUCUGGAGCCGCUCCCAGACGGCCGCUCGCUCGUGGACACCGUCGGGGGGAAGCGCUUCCGGGUCGUGAGGAGGGGUCAGAGAGACGGCUACCACACCGCUGACAUCGAGUUCCUGCAGGACCAGCAGGUGGAGGGCGCGGAACUUGAUCUGCUGCAGCGUCUCCAUGACAACGUGUACGAGCAGGCGCAGGAUUGGUUCCAGCGGCUGGAUGGGCGUGUCAAGGACCAGAUCAGCAGGCAGUAUGGCACCAUGCCCGAAACACAGGACAACAUUCAGGCCUUGCCGGAUGGGCCGGCCUGGUGCUGGUGGCUCCUGUCAGUGCUGCAGCUGGACCCGGCAUACCAGACCACCAUCCUGUCCCUGCCCUCCCUCAAAGACCGACUGGGCCACCUGCAGCUCGUCCUGGAGUACAUCCCCUCCAGCUAGAGCUCCCCUGGAGCUCACCUGGCUGGGGAACACCUGGAGCUCACCUGGCUGGGGAACACCUGGAGCUCACCUGGCUGGGGCAUACCUGGAGCUCACCUGGACUCGACUCAUGACUGUCCCAGAGGCCUGAAAUAGUGCACAGUUAUACUAAUAAUGCACAAACUCAUGCACACACACGCAUACCCUGCUGUAAAAUCCAGCUAUGACCAGCUCAAAAUGACCAGCUACCCACUGUUUCAGCAUAGCUUGAGCUGUUAUUUUCAGCAGGUUACACACAUAAUUACACGGGCACACACAAAGACUGUUGCAUAUUUUCACACGAACACACACACACUCCACUCCCAUUAUCGUUGAGUGGUGAAUGAUUUGUUUGUGUUUUUCUAGUCGUCACUUUUUUAAAUUGUGUGUCUUUGGGUUUAUAAACAGGAAAUCAACAUGUGAAGCUCAUGUGUGCCUGCAGGGGGCAGCACUGAGGACAGGCUUGGCCUGAUGUCUAAUUUUACAUGCAGUAUAUACUCUAUCUUACUACUAUGAUUUUUGAUAUUAUUUACACUACUUAUUCAUAACAAAAUUUUACGCCCAUCCUCAAUUUUCGAACAGUUUUGAAUGUUUAUGAAUGUAUGAUUGGCAGGUGCAUUCAUGCCUCCCUGUCUCUGAGGUUGUUGGAUGAGAGGGAUGGAUGCUGAGGUGGUGGUGUCACAUUUAAACAGAUUCACACAGUAAAACUUUACACACACAUACACACACAGUGGGCCGAGACUGGGGUUAGUGUAAAUGUCCUCUCCCCAAAAACAAUGUGCCCAGUGUCACACACCAGCUACACUGGUAAGUAAAGUAAAAAAGUAAAAAAAAAAAAAAAAAAGAUGUUGAAUAAGUACUCUAAAUAUGCUGUAGGGAAAAAGCAACAAUUAGCUAGAAACCUUCCCUGUGAACACAACCAGCCUUUUUCACACAUGAAUUAUUUAUUGGAAUCAUUGCCAACCUGGAGUCACGAGACACUGCUUUUCCCCUGGAAUGAUUUAGGAGCGCCAGUCUGUGUGGGCGCUAACGCGAUUGUUUUCGGAAAUGUAAUUUGAAUCGGCUUUGAUGUCUUAAUGGAAGCAUAGCUUCUGUUUCCAUGGAAACCUGAGGGAUCCCUAACACUUCCUGGCCUGUCAGCGGUUCGUGUACUCCAGUGUGGAAUGCUUGGGAGCACUUGGGAAUGCCCGGGAACGCUUGGGAAGGCUUAGGAACGCUCAGGAAUGCUCGGAAAUGCUUGGGUCCGCAGGUGCCAGGACCCACUGUUUCCGUGCGGGACCGGCCUGUUCUGUGUUUGGUGCCUUCAAGCCGUGGGCCUCUCUGUGAUAUUUAGGCUUUUAGAGGCGUGACGUGUGUGUAUGUCUGCUGCCACAGUGCACACGCUACACUGCACACGGCUCACUGAGAGCAUGGGUUUGGAUUUCAGUCCAAAAGAUCUGUCACCAUGCAGAUCACAGCCACCUACAGCUGACCUGUGGAUUUAUUUAUGUUUUAUUUAAGUUCUCAUUGUGUACGCCGAAUUGCUCAUACACUGGCUGCAGCCAACUAUGUGCCAUCUGACAGAUUCUGCCAGAGAAGGCUGUGUUCAGUGGUCCUGCCAGAGAAGGCUGUGUUCAGUGGUUCUGUCAGAGAAGGCUGUGUUCAGUGGUCCUGCCAGAGAAGGCUGUGUUCAGUGGUUCUGCCAGAGAAGGCUGUGUUCAGUGGUCCUGUCAGAGAAGGCUGUGUUCAGUGGUCCUGCCAGAGAAGGCUGUGUUCAGUGGUUCUGUCAGAGAAGGCUGUGUUCAGUGGUCCUGCCAGAGAAGGCUGUGUUCAGUGGUUCUGUCAGAGAAGGCUGUGUUCAGUGGUCCUGCCAGAGAAGGCUGUGUUCAGUGGUUCUGUCAGAGAAGGCUGUGUUCAGUGGUUCUGUCAGAGAAGGCUGUGUUCAGUGGUUCUGUCAGAGAAGGCUGUGUUCAGUGGUUCUGUCAGAGAAGGCUGUGUUCAGUGUCAGAGAAAGCUAUGUUCAGUUAUUACUUGUUUACUAUUGAGUAUAUAAGCUGCAUGUAAGUUGUGUGCAGUAGUAGGCAACAGUUGGCCACAGUCUUCAUACACUCUGAUGAUGGGGCAGUUUGUCUCUUCUGAAAAGGCAGGAAGUUUCUUAAAGGCAUUAAACGGGCAUUGGAUAAUGCUUCAGUGAGAAAUAAAAAUGUAGCACUUGCUAAAGCCUUAAAUAAAAGUGACAAAGUGCAUUGCAGUUAAAUUGAAUCUAGGCGUCAGUAGUGUUGUAGAUAAUCCGGUACAUGUAGAGGAGUUAUUAGACCAGGCUUUCCCUGCGUGUAUCUGGGGCGUGCAUCAUUAACCGGGAAACACAACGCUGCGUUACUGCCCCCAGGGUUACCCGUACAUUCACGAGAAAGCACUCACUCACCGGGAGCUUAUUAUCAUCCAAGUGCCAUGAAACAGACCAUGCAGAUUGUUGUGUGGCAUGAGUUUUCCAUCUGUGUUGCCUUGAAAAAAAAUGACAAAUAAAAUAUACAACACACAAUUUCCUAAAUUAAAGAAACUGCAUUUUUUUAAUAGCACAUAAAACACAAUGCAAGGCUUGGGCAAAUGUAUUUACAGUCCACAAAGUUAAAGCCUUGUGUGUGUAGUCCUAUAAUAUACACACAGUGUCCACGGCUAUUCUCCACUCUGCAGAUGUCCGCUGUCCCUUUUGUUCUCUGGUAAAUAUUUUUAUUUGUGUAUAUUUCACGGACGCUGUUUUACAGGUUAGUUACAUUGAUCACUGAACUUGCCAUAUAGUCACAAUUCAGUCAUUCUAGCAUCCCAGAAAAUGGUUUCAAACAACAGAAUGGCAACUUAUUUGAGAAUUAGUUGAUUAAUGUUUGAAUACAUUUCUGAACGUUUCAUUGGUUUAUUCAAAUGAAUUGAUUUAAUAAAGGCCUUGUAUGAUGCUUGUAAAGAUUCCUAAUAAAUGUGUUCCUAGUAA